GGCCCUGACUUCUCAGAAGGAGCAGCUGCUGGAGGAGCAGAGAGCUGAGAGGAGGAGGAGUGAAGAGGAGGCCCUGCAGUGGCACAGAGAAAAGAGUAAAAUGCUGGAGCUGUUCUCCAACAGGCUGGACGCCCUGCACAGUCACCAGGCCUCCAGUGAGUCUGCAUGCAUUUAUAGGCAUGUGGAACCAUUAGCCUUUUUGGUACACCUUUAUUAAUGCUCUGUGACACCGAACAGCACUACAGGAGCUGCAAAUGGCCCGACAGGAAGUAGGGAAAGUCCAAGAACUGUUGAUGGCAUCAUCGCAGGAGCAGCAGGAAGUCACAGAGGAAGGUGCAAGCCCCGAGGACAAAGUACAACAACAGACUGUGGAUUGCAGUGAGUCAGAUCUGCCACUGGAGGGGGCUAAAGCCCGUCUGGAGGAUCUAAAGGAGAGUUUGUUCCAGAGAGAGAGAGAGAUCACUGAGCUGCUGGAGGCAGAGAGGACCCCCGUCCCUCCUCUUCCUCAGCCACCCUGCAGUGUUCUGCUCCCCACUCUCAUACACAAGGCUCAUGCAAUCUGCUGUGCAGGGAGUGAGAGCCGAGCUCUUCUGGACCAGAUGAUUGAGGAGAAUCGUUUGGCUCUGGUUGAAGCCAGAGACAAACUGGACGGUCUACAGAUGACUCAAGAAGACAGUAAUGACAGACAGGAUAAGACCACUGACCUAAAGCGGUCAAGCGAGUAUGAAUCAAGUUUGUCUUUGCUCCAAGACAGAGUGAGGGAGUACGAGGUCUCUCAAAUGGCUUUAGACUGCAUCAGAACUGGAGAGAGCCCAGAAACAAAUGAUUGUGAUGCGGUCUCAGAGCUGGAGGACAUUUUGGGACAAGGGACAAUCCGAACCCCAGAGGGAGUGAAGAGUGUCGGUCAGCAGCUUGUCUUGAUGCAGGAUCAGCUCAAGCAAAUGAAAGAAGAGAAUAAGAAAUUAAUUGAGAACUACUCAUCAGAAAGGACAAUGAGGAUGAAGUAUUACAAUAUGGUGGAAGAUAUGAAAGGUAAAAUCCGAGUGUUGUGUCGGAUUCGGCCACCGAGCCGAAUCGAGGCUGCACAGGGUGAGGCUCUGGUUGUGGAUAAAGUCGAUGAGUUCUCUGUGAAGGUGGAAACCGCUCGAGGGCCGAGGGAGUUUCAGUUUGACAAGGUGUUCUGUGCCGAAACGUCUCAGGAAGAUUUUUUUCAUGACACCAACAGACUGAUCCAGUCAGCCAUUGAUGGUUACAACGUCUGCAUCUUUGCAUAUGGCCAGACAGGUUCAGGGAAGACCUUCACCAUGGUGGGCGACAAGGAGCAGAAGAACCCCGGGAUCUUGCCGAGAUCUUUUCAUGCCAUGUUUGAAAUCAUCAGGGAGAACAGCACCAGGUUUGACUACAAGGUUUCGGCCUAUAUGCUCGAGCUGUACAACGACAGGUUGCAGGACCUCUUUGUGAGUCUGGCUGGUGAGGCCCAUGCCCUGCCCCAGUCCCAUGGCCAGGCCAGGCGAGUGGAAAUCAAGAGGAACAGAAAGGGGGUUGUGUUCGCCCAAGGAGCAGAGACAAAGGAGGCUUCCAGUGCCCAGGAGCUCUAUGCUCUGUUCCAGCAGGCCUGCGCCAAUCGACACAUCUCUGCCACCAAAAUGAAUGUGGAGAGUUCUCGCUCCCAUCUCAUUGUUGGCAUCAUGGUGGAGAGCAGGAAUCUGACCAAUGGGAGCGUGAGCACUGGGAAGCUGAGCCUGGUGGACCUGGCAGGCAGUGAGAGAGCAGCCAAGACUGGCGCCAAGGACCACCAGCUGAAGGAGGCUAACUCCAUUAACAAGUCUCUGAGCGCCCUGGGUGAUGUGAUCUCAGCCCUGUCUGCGGAGCUGCCCCAUGUACCGUACAGGAACAGCAAGCUGACUCAGGUGAUGCAGGACUCGCUGGGCGGUAAUGCCAAAACCCUGAUGAUCGUCAACAUUUCCCCCUCAGAGUGCAACGUCGAUGAGACUCUCACAUCCCUCAUUUACGCAACAAGAGUGAAGGCCAUAACCAACAAUGCUCAGAGAAACGUGGAGAGCAAAGAGAUCGCCCAGCUGAAAGAGGUGAUCAUGAAGCUGAGGUCGGGACAGACUGUGGAGGAGGAGGAUGUCUGACCUCUACUACUCGACCACAUUGCAGUGAAGUGGUUGGAUUGGAUCGUCUUUCUUGUGUCUUUUAUGCAUACUGUAGCUUCCUAAGAACGAAGACGGACUUUUUAACAAUUUAAACAUAUAUAUCAGUCACGUGCAUGGCGGGACGGGUGACAUCACUAUCGGGCACAUUCAUGGGAUUGCGUGCAGUUUGUUAAUGGGUGCUGGCUGCCAGGUCUAUAGAAUGAGGCCCCCACAAUAUGGGG